GAGAAGAAGAAACAGUACCAGUGCCAUUACAACGAUGAGCACGGCAAGGUUCAUCAAAUGCGUGACGGUUGGCGACGGGGCAGUCGGGAAGACCUGCAUGCUCAUCUCCUACACCAGCAAUACUUUUCCGACGGAUUAUGUCCCGACUGUGUUCGAUAACUUCAGUGCUAAUGUAAUAGUUGAUGGAAGCACAGUGAACCUUGGGCUUUGGGACACAGCAGGACAAGAGGACUACAAUAGGCUCAGACCUCUCAGUUACAGAGGAGCUGAUGUAUUUCUUUUAGCAUUUUCUCUCACCAGUAAGGCCAGCUAUGAGAACAUAUACAAGAAGGUAAUAAAUACCCUUGGCAUGUUUUCUUUCAGCUUUCAUGCAUCAUUGUGUCCUCUAUUUGUAUCUCAUGACCUUCUCUUUUUUUCGCAGUGGAUUCCUGAGUUGAGACAUUACGCUCCAAAUGUGCCGAUUGUGCUAGUUGGGACUAAACUUGACUUACGUGAAGACAAGCAAUUUUUCAUUGAUCACCCUGGGGCAACACCUAUCACAACUGUACAGGGAGAAGAGCUAAAGAAAAUGAUAGGUGCGGCUGUCUACACAGAAUGUAGUUCCAAGACUCAACAGAAUGUGAAGGCUGUAUUUGAUGCUGCAAUUAAGGUGGUUCUUUGUCCACCAAAGCCAAAGAAAAAGACCAGAAAGCAGAGGACCUGUUUCAUUCUAUAAACACAAAGGAUGAUGUUUGUCAUUACAAGAAUAGUGUAACAUUUUCAUUUUCUCCUUCUGUUUCUUGACUUUUCCUGAUGGAUGAACUGUGAUGAGUGCUUUACUAGUUUGUCUACGAAAAUGUAUCUGUCACACUAAUUCUUUUACUCUAUUAUGUGGAUCUCCUUAUCAAAGAUUUGAAAGUAAAU